CACUUUAAUCCCUUUCCCCAUACGCGUGGUAUCUGUUUUGGCAGCAUGGCUUCUUCAGCGAAAAGACGAGCAGUUGGAAUUGGAGAAAAUCCCGCUGAUAGUGAGGAUAACAGCUCUGAUGAAGGAUUGGAAAACGACGGUGAUUCAUUAGAGAAUGACAGCGGAUCAGAAGAGGAGAUCAAUGAAGAGGUCAUUGUAGACUUUGAGGCCCAUACCAUUACUCACAAUGACUACAACGGGGUCAAGAAACUCAUGCAACAGCUGUUUCUGAAGGCUCGUGUCAAUACAUCCGAGUUGACCGAUCUCCUCAUCCAGCAGAAUCAUAUUGGAAGCGUCAUCAGGCAAGCAGAGGUGCCAGAGGACAGUGAUGAUGAUGAGGAUCCAGCCGAUGAGGUGUUUGGUUUCAUCAGCAUGCUCAACCUCACUGAGAGAAAGGGUGUCCAGUGUGUGGAGGAGGUCAAGGAUCUGAUCCUGGGUCAGUGUGAGAAGAGUUGUCCCCAUAGUGUGACAGACGAUCUGGAGAAGGUCCUCAACGACACCACUAAGCCUGUGGGACUGCUGCUCAGCGAGAGGUUCAUCAACGUGCCCCCACAGAUCGCCCUGCCUCUCCACAAACAACUACAGUGA